AUGCUUCACUAUCUGCCUACCGGGUUGAGAUUGACAAUUCAUGAUUUCGACCUCCCACGCAACAAAUCUGGACCAAAGCCAGGCGUCAAGAUCAUCAACCCUGCUGUGCCUGCACCUGCCAGUGACCCAGGGAAACUGAUCGAUCUUGCACCUGAAGAUCGCGUCGAUAUGGACAAGCUCAAGGUGGAAUGUUACGAUAGAAACUUCCCCACAUCAGAAGACAUUAUGGCUUAG